AUGUUAACAAACACCCUCAGAACCUCCGCCUCGUCUGUCUCCAGAAGGGCGUUCCACGUCUCCCGUUUGGUGACUGCUAAAGGCGACACUUCCACCAUCGACUCCUACAAGUUGCCCUCCCAGACCUCCAUCCACGAGUGGGAGUUCAAGUAUGACUUCAUCCCCAAAACCACCGAGCCAAAAGUGCCACCAGUGACCAAAGAGGCUGUGAAACAGGACAUUGCUCACGAAAAGGCCAAACAAGUGGCUCACGAGAUGUUCGCCAAGGAGAGCAACUCCUCCGUCAAGGUAGAGGCCAACGACGCCCACGUCGUGCAUGGAGGUGAGUCUGUGACUUCGGAGCCCGAGUUUCUCCACGACAGAGGCAGUAUUCCAGUGGACCUGUCCAGACCAGGAGCCACCCAGCCCAAGAAGCCUGCCAACAGAGACCAGUACGUGCAGUCGUCCAUCAACCCCAACAUCAACAACAGUGACGUGGUCAACUUGGGUGACCGUACGGUGGACCACAAGCAGACCACUGUGGACAAACAGACUCCUGUGGUCGACGACUUGGACCACGACAACUUGCACCACCAGGAAACCCACGAGCAGCCCAAGAGCGGACCUGGCUUGGGUGUACCUUUGCUAGUUUUGGGUCUCGGUGGUGCUGGGUACUACUACUACUCCAAGGAAGAGAAGAAAUAG